AUUUAUCUGAAGCAACAUAAAUCGAGUACAAAGGACAGUAAAUCAGGACACUAUAAAAGGAACAUGAGAGGCUGUGAGGAUGACAGAGCAAGAGCUGGAAACAACAUCAGUGAAGAAUGAAGGCUUUAGUAUGUAUACUGCUGCUGUUGGAAACCUUUGUGUUUGUCAUCCAGCAGCAGGUAGAUGGAGGACUCAAUGAGAAUGAGAUCAGUCAACAGAUCAGCUCUGAGAACAGAAGACAGAAUCCACCUCAAACAGACACUUUGAGAGCUGAAGCUUCAACUGACAGCCAACAAUACUACAAUCUGUGCUUCCCUGACAUCUAUGCAUCACUGAGAGAACUGACCGCCACCGUUACAGAGCAGAAAGAAAACAUUAGAGAACUGACCACCACUGUUACAGAGCAGAAAGAAAACAUCAGAGCUUUAGAGACACAACUGAGGGAUGAGAUGAACAAGAAAGAUGAAGAAAUUUCAAGUCAAGUGGAGGAGUUGAGAAAGGAAAAUAGAGACAGAGAAAUAGCUUUUUCAGCUGCACUGAUGGAAUCUGGCAGUGGAUAUACUGGUCCUUUUACCACUGACAUCACACUAACCUACAAGAAAGUCUUCACAAACAUAGGGAAUGCCUACAACCCAAUUACAGGUAUUUUCACAGCCCCACUGAAAGGAGCGUACAUGUUCAGAGUCUCUGUAACUGGUAUUGGCCCAACUACAGCAGCUGCAGACAUUAUGAAGAAUGGAAAGCAUGUGGUUUUUGCAUAUGAUGAACAGCCUCAGAAUGCAUUAAACGCCUCAAAUGGAGUUGUGUUGAUCCUGGAGGUUGGAGAUGUUGUCUAUGUGAGACUUGUGGCUGGCAGGAGGAUAUUUGAUAACGAGUAUAACCACAACACUUUCAGUGGUUAUCUACUGUUUCCCUUAAAAUAACAGGAGCUUUGAAGAAUGUAAUUCCAAUAAUUCUGAACUUUCAGUGUAUGAUUUAAAGGGAUAGUUCACCCAAAAAUGAAAAUGUGAUGUUUAUCUGCUUACCCCCAGCGCAUCCAAGAUGUAGGUGACUUUGUUUCUUCAGUAGAACACAAAUGAUGAUUUUUA